GCCGUCAUCUACAACUACCGCGGCACCGGCAACGAGGUGCUGCCCAUGUCCCACCACGGUGCUGAAAGCAUCGUUGCGAUUAUGAUUGGCAACCUGAAAGGCAUGGAGAUCUUACACCGGAUUCAGAGUGGCAUGGUAGUGUCUAUGGUUAUUGAAGUGGGCAAAAAGCAUGGUCCUUGGAUGAAUCAGUACUCCAUCUUCUUCAUCUCUGUGUCAUUCUUCAUCGUCAUUGCAGCAACCAUGGGCUACUUUAUUUUUUAUUCUGCUCGGAGACUCAGGAUUGCAAGGGUCCAGUCCAGGAAUCAGCGACGACUAAAAGCCAAGGCUAAGAAGGCCAUUGAACAGUUACAGCUGCGCACACUGAAGCAAGGGGACAAGGAAACUGGUCCUGAUGGAGAUAGCUGUGUUGUGUGCCUUGAGCAGUACAAGCUGAAUGACAUAGUGCGUACUCUGACUUGCAACCAUCUCUUCCACAAGGGCUGUGUUGAUCCCUGGCUUCUGGAACACAGGACGUGCCCGAUAUGCAAAUGUGACAUACUCAAAGUCUUGGGUGUUGAGCUCGAAGACGAAGUGACUCAGUCUGUGCAAGCCACAGUAUCCAGUGUGACAUCAAGUGUCUCUAUAGUUAACGAAGAGGAUAAUCAUAGUGAAACAGCAUCAUCUGGAUAUGCCUCUGUACAAGGAGCAGAUGAAUCUGCUGUUCUGGAGGAACAUGUGCCACCAGAAAAUGACAACAUGCAUCUUGUGAACAAUGAAUCUCAGCCUCCAGCUAUGAAUGUUCUUCCACAUGUUGACAACCCAAGUUUUGAGGCAGACGAAACACAAGUUUGUGAAGUCAAGUCCUAA